GUAAGACACUAGCAAGCAAGCACGGACGAAGAGCUGAGUUUGGCCCGCAUCCGAGGCGCAGGUAUACGAGGCUCGUUGAUUUCGAUUGAUUUUGCACAGCAGCAGCAUCCGUGCCCAAAGCUGCGGCUCGUUUCAGUGCUGCCUGUGCUGCCUGCUAAAAAGACAAAAAACACCGGCACGCCAUCGAUGCAGCGCCAGCCCUCCGACGCCUCGUCGACGCUGACCGACGCAUUAGAUGAAGGCGCCGGCGCGGCACAGACGCAGCGCAUUUUUCGGCAAGAGCAUGAGUUCGUGCGGGACGACGACGCCGACGCCGAGAACGCGCGGCGCUGGGAGACGCGCAUGGCGCGGCGGUACUACGACGCGCUGCACAAGGAAUACGCGAUCUGCGAUCUGUCGCGGUGGCGCGAGGGCGCCGUCGGGUUAAGAUGGCGAACCGCCGCGGAAGUGACGAGCGGCAAGGGCGAACGAAUAUGCGCGGCGCGCGGCUGCGACUCGCGCGACGGCCUGCGGAGCUUCGAGCUGCCUUUCGAGUACGUGGAACAAGGCGAAAGAAAGCUCGAGCUCGUCAAGUGCCGCGCCUGCCGGGGCUGCGCGAAGAAGCUCAAGGGCCGCAAGCGCAGCCGCAGCCGCAGCCGCAGCCGCGACCGCAGCCGGCGGGACCGCAAGAAAAAGAAAAAAGACAAAAAGAGCAAGGCGCCCGUCAUCCCGGAAGCCGACGUCAAAUUCAUGGACACUCUGAGACGAGAUAUCCAGACCAUGGGUCCCCUGAGAAGCAACCACCUCAACGCGUUCUACAAGCGGCACCCCGAGAUCCCGCCCAAGGGCUCGGGCGCCGGCACCUGGAUCGCGAAGCGCUGCCAACAUUAUGGGUUAAUAGUGAAGAAGCCGGAGAAAUACGGCGGGGCGAUGGAGUUCCAAUUGGCACCAACUCAAUCGAGGAAGUUGAAUAUUGUGGCGGAUCGGCAGGAGGACCGCCCGCCGUCGCAACUGCCCGAUGAUCGUCGUUUGAAUAAGUUGUAGUGUUGUUAAGA